AUGGAUCGUGGGACUAAACGUGCUAGAUAUAGUCCAGGAAAUGAGAAGAGUAGCGCUGUGUCGGAGAACCCUAAGAAAGAUGAUUCGUCAAAAAAUCCUGACAAAUUCGCUAACAUAUUUGGUAAAACUGGUGGUGCAUAUAUUCCCCCUGGUCGACUUCGACAAAUGCAAGCCCAGAUAACUGACAAAUCAUCUGAAGCUUAUCAACGAAUUGCUUGGGAAGCACUAAAAAAAUCCAUCCAUGGUUUUAUUAAUAAAGUGAAUGUAUCCAACUUAUCUGAAGUUGUCAAACAGCUACUCAUGGAAAAUAUUGUUAGAGGUAGAGGUUUAUUCGUUAGAUCCCUUUUAACCGCACAGUCGGCAUCACCAACUUUCACCCAUGUUUUCUCGGCCCUUGUUGCUGUUGUCAAUUCGAAAUUUCCCAAGGUUGGAGAACUGGUUCUUAAACGAUUAAUCAAUGAAUUUCGUAAAGCAUUUCGACGUAAUCAAAAAGAUCGAUGUUUGUCUACUGCACGAUUUCUAGCUCAUUUGGUCAACCAAAAAGUUGUUCACGAACUAAUAAUCCUGGAAUUACUGACGCUACUACUGGAGCAAACAACUGAUGACAGUGUAGAAGUGGCAGUAUCUGUCCUUAAAGAAUGUGGUGCCAUGCUUUCACGUCUUGUACCGAAAGGUGUUCAUGGAAUUUUCGAACAUCUUCGACGUAUUUUAAAUGAAGGCCAAUGUGAUAAACGUAUUUCUUAUAUGUUAGAAGUUAUGUUUCAGAUUCGUCGUGAUGGAUGGAAAGAUCAUCCGAUUGUCUUGCCAGAACUUGAUUUAAUUCAAGAAAGUGAUCAAAUCACUCAUACAACUUCACUUCUUGACCAAGUAGACCCAGAGGAACAUUUGAAUGUGUUUAAAUUCGAUCCAGAAUUCUUGGCAAAUGAAGCAAAGUAUGCUGAAAUUAGAGCAGCAUUAUUUGAAUCGAAUGAAGAUUCAGAAGCUGAGUCAGAUGGUGAAAAUGAAGGUGAAGAUUCAGAAGAAUCAGGUAAUGAAGAUGAUGACGAUGAAGAGGAUGAAGAACAUAAACGUAGUGCUGCUGCAACUGCAGAGAAUCAACAAACAAUUAUUGAUCAAACGGAAACAAAUCUAGUCCACCUACGUCGUACCAUCUACUUGAUGCUGCAAAGUAGUUUAAGUGCAGAUGAAGCUGGACAUCGUCUUCUACAGUUGAAAAUUAAACCUGGAGAAGAGUAUGAAGUAGCUUCUAUGGUUUUAGAUUGUUGUGCUCAAACACGUAGUUAUGAAAGUCGUUAUGGUCGAUUAGCUCAAAGACUUUGCCGAGUUGUCUUUCCAUCUAGUACCCCAUCCAGCACGGGAUCUACUACUGUUUCUGUAAGCUCUGACUUAGGUCCCGGUAGCCGAUAUCGAAGUAAUAAAGAGGUCAGUAAGCCUACAGCGAAAGAAGAAACUCCUGCACCUGUUGUAGAAGAAUCAGGUCCACCCCGUAGUUAUGUUGCUCAGUUUGAAAAGAUUUUCUCUGAACAAUACUCAAUAAUUCAUAGAUUGGAAACUGCAAAAUUACGUAAUGUUGCUUUCUUGUUUGCCCAUCUUUUAUAUUCUGAUUCUAUAUCAUGGGGUGUAUUUGAAUGUGUACGCUUAAAUGAACGUGAUACAACUUCUUCUGGACGUAUAUUUCUCAAGCAUCUUUUCCUGGAACUUUGUUCAUUUAUGGGCUUAUCAAAGUUACAAGCAAGACUUCGUGAUGAGACACUUCAGCCAUUUUUUGCUGGUCUUCUACCACGUGAUAAUCCUAAAGAUACACGAUUUGCUAUUAAUUUUUUAACCACAAUUGGUUUAGGCGGUUUAACCUUAGACCUUCGUGAACAUUUACAAGCAUCACGUGAUUCAGCGUUGGCGAAAAAAGAAUCUGAAUCCAAGAAUAAACUAUCGUCAUCCGUUUUAGGUGAUAUAUCAAUUUCAUCUUCAUCGUCUUCUUCAAGUUCAUCUUCUAGUGGUGAUAGUAAUAGUAGUAGUGAAUCAGAGUCGAGUUGUUCAAAUGAUGAAAAGCAUCGUAAAAAGAGGAAACAUUCUAAAGACAAGCAUAAAUUACAAAAGAAGUCACAUAGCAAUCGUCAUCAUGACGAACAUCACCAGCAACAUAAAUCUUAUAAGCAUACUUCGUCGAAACACUCUGAAAUGUCAUCGGAUAGAAUUUCCAAACAUUCUGAUUCAACACAUAAAGAUGAUAAAAGAUCUCGUUUAAAAACUCGUCCUGUGGACACCCCAUUUUUCAAUGAUGCACCCAAUUCGCCUGCUCAUUCACGUCAAAUAAAAAUGAGAGUGAAAUAACUAUGCCUUUUAUUAAUGUUUUUACA